GCAAAGACGACGACGAGGCUCCUCCAGCCGAGGAAGAGGAGCAGGCGAGCAGGCGCCUUGGGCCCCCAGGCGAGGCCCGGGGCUGCGCCGGAGAGCAGGGCCAGGGAGCUUGGGCUCCUGCGAGACAGGGGCCGGCUGAAGGAGGAGGAGGAGGAGGCCCAGCCCAGGGCCAGGGCUGGAAGAACAACCUCCAACCUGUCAGUCCAUCGGUCUCCAGAGCCAGAUCUCUCCAGGACCAAAUGCCAUACUGGCUAAUUCCUAUCUGGUCAACAUAGAAAGAAUCAAGUUGUAACCUUUGAUCACACAAGAAAUGCUUCUUUCUAUUACCUGCAAUCUUCUCUGGAGAGAGCAGCCGAGGAGAAAUAAUUAAAUCAUGAACAAAAUCAAGUAUCCCAAAACAAGCCCUCCUUGCCUGGAUGAGGACCAGGUUACUUCUCUGCAUGUGGGCCCACACUGAUGACUCUGGAGACGUGCCUGCUCUUUAAUGUGAGUACCCAGAAAGCAGAGCCCUGCUGCUUGUGGCGAAGACUUCCAAACAUCAUCUGAGCAGUCUGGCAAUUCCUUCAUCCUUUUGCCCUCACCCUUCUAAAAACGUCAGUCUGUUAGAUCAUCCAUGUCAAUUUGCUAUGACAUACAUCAACGCUGAUGAGAGGCAGGAGCACUGUCGGGUAAUUUUGAGCUGCCAGAAUAAUCAGCUGUAUGCACAACAUGGCUUAAAGGAUUUCUCAGUUAACAGCAUGCACCCAGUAAAGAACUUCGACUCUUGUAUUUUUACUGGUGACUUCAGUCCUGUAAGAAAGAUAGACAGCAACUCAGGGGCACAUCUGUAUCGGAGUAUGGAAAACCUGCACUGGGCCACAGUGGCUGGCUCACAUGGCCAUCCCCGAUGUGGGAGUGUUGACAGUGAACUUGUUUUCCAUUACAGAGGCACAACACAUUGGUCCAAGUAUUCCAUGGAGGGCACCCCAUCCCCCUGCUCACCUGAAUGUUGCCGACAUUUCCCCCUUCUCUCAGAGCGAAUUCCAUCAGCAAUGCGAGAUGUAGCCCUUCCUCCUUGUGCUAAAGUGCCUCCAUGGCUUUUCUCCUCAAUAGACAGGGAUGCCAAGAAAACUCUGAAGGAAAAGCUUAGAACUCACAGUACUAAGGUGGCAGAGGUUUGCAAGCCUCUCAGACCACAAGCUUCUUUGAACAACCUAGUUGCAAGGGAAUGUUCUGAAUGUCAAGCAUGCCAGCAGUAUAAAAAUGGUUGUUCAAUGAACUGCUGUACCAUAUUUGUGCAGCAUGCAAACAUUGCUCAUGAACGAUGGAUGGCACUGGGGAGGCAACGUCGAUGUUUUUCUCACAGAUUAACUAGCCCAGAGGACAUCAAAGAGGAAGCUCAAAGAAGGUUGCAGAUCAGAAGACAGAACAGCUCACCUAAUUUGACUCUGCACUGUGCUAGUGAUGGCCAGGAGAUGGCCAAAUCCCAAACUACUGGAUCCUUUAAAUGUUAUAAGGGGGAAGGGGACACGAAAAGGUCUUUGGCACUAAGCAGAAAAGGAGACUGUAAAGAAAGACUCUACAUUCCAACUUUUGAAGAGUUCAAAAGGAUGAGAAUCAAAGGCACAUGUUUUCUCAAUGGAAGCAAUGAGAUAGCAAAAUAUAUGAAGGAAGAGGCUCCAAAGUUAGAAGAAGGAAACCAAAACCUUUGUUCAGGUGCUCAGGAGGAUCUUGCCAAAGAAAUGGUUUCAGCACUGGAUGACUAUGAUGAGGUAUUCCAUGAAAAUACCCAGAACACUUCUGAUCUUGUUAGCUAUCCAGACAGCUCAUCCACAUGGGACAGGAGUUUCUGCCUGAUGAACACACCGAUAGCUAAGGAAAAGAAUGAUGAAGUGUCAUCUUCAGAUACAAUCCCAGUCCCCAUUUGUUCUAGUCCAAUUCCAAGACAACUUCUCCAGUCUUCUGCUGUUCCUAGGGAAGAGGGAGAGAAAGCCUUUGUCGGAGGGGAGAAGCCAGGAUUGGAUGCAAGACAACUCAACAAUGUCCUUCAGCAUGGUGGGCAGUCCCUUGCACCCGAAACCCAGUCUUCUUGCUGCCCAAUGCUAUUAGAAGUGACAGAUAUAUCCAGCUAUGGAGCUAAGCUACAGAAAAUGAAGGAUGAAUUUAUAGGUUCUGCAUUGGACCUCAUUAAAAAGAGCUGCAGUGCUGAAACUGCAUCUGAUCCCUCCUCCAAAAGAUCAUGUGAACUUAAGAAGACUGAUUUUUCUUUUGUGGAGGAUUCUCAUCAACCCACAAGCUCCAAUCCAAACUGCCGCAGAUCCAGUUCUGACAUCUCCCAUGAAACUUCAGACUGCACCAAAGCUCAGCGGGAAUGUCGAUUACGGCCUCAUUUCAGUGAUCCAAUGCCAACAGAUGCUGUGAAGAGGAAACAACUGGAACUGAAGAUAGCGGCAGCAGCCCGGCAGCAUGCCCAGAAGCGCCGACAAGAGAGGGAUCCCAGCUCAGGACUUCCAAAAACAAACAGCAACUACAGCAGCAACUAUGAUGAGAACCGCCAUGUUCUGGGUGGCUCCUUCCGUUCCAAACACCGCUGGAGCAACGUCAGUAGUCUCAGCACUGACAGUGGCAUUGUGGGUAGUAAUGAUGAGAGAGACAAUGCUGAUGCCAAUAGUGGAGGUACACCAAGGAUGAGGUCAGCAGUGAUGGAGCGGGCAGACAGUGGCAUCAGCCAAGCAUUGAGCAGGAAGUGGAGGAGUCGAGCAUCUGAAACAUUAAUGUCUCUGCAGGCCUGGGAAGCCCACCAACCUUGCACCGACUGUGGUGGGAGAGAUUUCCCACUAGAAACAGAUGUUCAGAACCAGAACAAGAGACGGGCCACUCUCUGUGAGAAGUGCCUGAAAUGCCGGACAGAGCGGAAGGAAUCAGUGCUGGAGUUUGUCAAUACCGAAGCCAGUUAUGGGGAGGACCUCCGCAUCAUCAAGGAGGAGUUCUAUCUUCCCAUGCAAGCUGCUGGUCUCCUAACACAGGAACAGCUCAUGGUGGUUUUCAGCAACAUACAGGAGCUUAUUGACCUCAAUGAAAACUUUCUGGAGUAUCUUCAGGAAGAGAUUGACCAGGCCUUUGAGCAGGGCGAUGAUGACCUCAUGACUGUGUGCAUUGGCGAAAUAUUCCUUGAAUUUGUUAAUAUGCUGCCUGCCUUCCAGACAUACUGUCUUCAGCAGUCCUCUUCAGUGAACAUGCUCAAUGCGUUGGAAAAAGAGAAGGAGUUACUUAGGAUAUUCCUCAACGUUUCACAAAAUGACAAUACAGCCCUCCGACGAAUGAAUUUGCGGUCCUUCCUCAUGGCUCCAUUGCAGAGAGUCACAAAAUACCCACUUCUGCUGAGCCGCAUCAUCAAAGCCACCAUUGAGUACCACCCAGACCACAGUAGCCUGAGGGAGGCCAAGAGCCGCAUUGAGUCCCACCUGGAGCACAUCAACAUGAAAACCAAGCAGGAAGGGAACUCUUGGACUCUGCGUUCCUUCCGCCAGGACAGCAAGAAGAACAAGGAAGUCAUUAACAUUGAAAUGAGGGAAACUGCUAUCAAAACUGUGGGCUGGCUGAGGGAAGAAACCCGUUUUGUUAUGGAAGGGCCCCUGCAGCUUGCCCAGCCACCUGAUGGACAGUGGGUGAAAAAGGGCAGCAAGACUUUAAAAUUCCAGAACAUGCAAGUGCUCCUCAUGGUCAACAUCAGACGUGCAUCUGAGUCUAGCUUUGAACCUGGGGAGCCAGGGCUUGUGAAAGAUGCAGUAUUGGUAGUUAUUAGGGACAAAAACAAUGGAAAGUUCAGUCUGCUCAGGGAGCCCUUGAGACUGAGUAAUUGUGUGGUCUCUGUGGAUCCUGACUGUGAUGAUACAUUUGAACUUCUGGAGAUUAGGCGGGAGUCCUUUGUGUUCCGAGACAGUGACAAGGCACGGACUCACCACUGGUUCAGACAGAUACGGAGGUACUCUCGGGAGCUGGGCUCCUGGAAGAAGCGGCGUAAUGCCUUGCCCAACAUCAUGAUAACUGCAUCUCACAAUAGGUCAUGAAACAGUGCUGACUGUGUAAGGACUUGACUAAGCUCAGAAAUUCCUGCUAUCAGCGGAAAAGCACAAAGGAUGUUCAUCACCUGGCCAAAUAGGAUUAGAGCUACCUAUGGUGACUUCAUUUUCUACUAAGAGACAUUUUAUAACAAAUACUAUUUAAACAGUGUUUCUCAAAUCCAAGGAAAAUUGUGCCCCAUUAGAAAACUUGCUAGAUCUUCCACAUAAAUCAACCUAGAAACCUCAUUGGGUAUACCUUCCUGGCUCCUACCACCUUUAUGCCAUUUUGCUUCCUACUGUAUGUCUACUUU